AUGCACUUUGCCCACGACACAGACCAGCUCAUCUUCGGGCCCAUCGAUCUCGACGAGCAGCAGGCCCUGCCCCAACAGCCCCACCCAUUCAGCUGGGACGACUACACCCACAUCGAGCCCGACGUAAAGCCCCCCUACUCCUUCGCCGCCCUCUCCCACUACGACUUCGGCCCGCCCGCCCAGCCCGCACCCUUUGCCCUCUACGACGACCCGGCUCACCAGCAGCCCGUCCUCGACGAGCUCGCCACAUGGAUCAACGACCCCGACCUCUCCGCCAUGAACUCGCCCUCGUCCCCCAUCCAUCCGAUACCAACAUCUCCGCCGCCUCCUCCUUCGUCGCCUUCCACGACCCCUCCCCCUUCUCCCCCGAUGCCGGCUUUUCCCCCGCUUCCUUCGCCGCCCUCCACCCCCUCCCCCGCUCCAUAUCGCCCCCCUCCUCCUUUGAGGACGCCCGCUCCCCACGACUCAGAAGACAUGUCUCUGCACACCCCCUCCUGGGCUGCCCACCUCUGGGACGCCCCAAGCGCACAUCGAACUCAGACUUCGAUCACACGGCCCUCCAUCCGCCACUCGCCCCUCACAGACGUCGCAACCCUCCGCCAGCGCAUCCCCGCCAGACGCGGCUCCAUCCCCUCCGGCCAGCUCUUCACCUCAUCAAGUGCCCCGACUCACACCGACACACUCACACCCGCCAUGACUCGCGCGUACAGCCGCAGGGCCGAUUCUGUCAUCAGUACCGAGGACCGCGACGCAACAGUCAGGAGGAGAAAGAAGUCCCCUGAAGACGAUAUCCCUUCGCCUGCCACCUCUUCCAAAGCAGCAGACCCGCCACUCAAGUCGGUCCUUCGUCCUCCCAAGCUCGCCCCCUCCGCCUGGCAGCUCUACUUCACCGACUGGAUUCAACGCCAGCAGGCUUCCGGAACCCGUAAAUUGAACGUCGCCCAGGCAGCUAAAGAGGCCGGCCAGGAGUAUGCCUGCCUCAGCGCUGCUGAGAAGGAGCCAUACAAACAUCGCUCCCAGGCGAUGAAGGAGGCCCGUGAACGCGAGCAUGAAGCGUACAUGCGCACACUCACCCCAGAAGACAUCAAGCGCGAGAACGCGUUCCGCGCUGCCCAGCGCAAGGCCGGCAAGUCGAGGAAGAGCAACAUCAAGGACCCGAACGCCCCUAAGAAGCCCCUGAGCGCCUACUUCAUGUUCCUCCAACGCAUUCGUGCCAACCCGCGCUUGGUCGCCGAGAUAUUCGGCGACGAGACCGAAACCACCAAGCAGAGCGUCCUGGCUGCCGCCAAGUGGAGGUCCAUGACUGACGCGGAGAGGCAGCCCUUCUUGGCCCAGGCGGAACAGGAGAAGAUGGAGUACGAGGCGGCCAGACGCCUCUAUGAGGAGGGCACGACCGGGUUUGGGUCGAGCAUCAAUUUCAGCAUCCUCCCGGGAAGUCCACACUUCCCGAUUAUCAAGAUGGAGUCGGAGAGUGAGAGCGAGGGCUUCACGACCGACGACGGGUUCGAGCGAUCGGCUCGAUCAUAA